AAACUUCCGUUCGUGGUGAGGCUAACGCUAGUUGCUCUGCCAGCGUCUUGCUAGCAGCAUCGCAGCGAAGAACACGAGCGUUUGCAUGUGCAUCUGUUCAACAAAGGUAAACACAAAAGCAAUUUGUUUGGUAUUUCGUUUUAAUAAUACCAGCUUUAUUUGGUAUUGUUUGGAUAGUCAUCCAUUUGUAUGGUUGGAUUCAACAAACUGGCACGGUGGCCGUUUAUUUCUUCACCCCCCCCCCCCUGAUAAUUCAAAGUAUUGAAAUAGUUUUCUGUCGUUGUUAUCAGAACUGUGAAAGUUUUGUCAUGUUUUCUUUUCGCAUGUAUGAAUGCUAUUACUCCAUAUCCAUCUGCUGGGCGCAGUUCUCAUCCUCGGCCCGAUAACGCCACACGACCCUAACCAUAUUUUGAGGAACUUCAAACACGAUUGUAGCAUAGUAGCUUGAAUUUCCAUCCGUACUUCCGCUUUUUUUUAAAAAUUGUUUUUGCAUUUAACUCCACUCUUCUACAAAUAUUUUAGUUGUGUAAACAACAGGACCAUUUGGUAUGGUUUUAAGAUGUAUCUCAUGUUAAGGUAGGAUUAAAUUGAACAUAUGUGUGCAUUGCCUUGGAAGACAUGUUGAUACAUUGCGUGCUUCCUGUUGGAUAUGUAUUAAAGACAACCCAAUAAAUCAUGUUAGGAUUUGUGUGUGGUUGAUGCUGGUGCUACUUCAUCUGUGUGUAAUUUUAUGCGAGUCACGAGCAGGAGUACCACGACAUCGUCACUGUCCGAAAGGAGAAGCAGAACGGGGCGGCUGAGACGAGACGUUCCCCCCCGAGGAAGCGUUCCUGUCCAGUGAGCAAGCAGUCCAGUUCCCUGCAGUAACCAGAUUUUGUUUUUGUAACUUUUCCAGCUUUGUGUUGACAUCGAAGCAUUGUACUGCUUCUCCUGCUCCAGGCCCCACCAAACAGACCCCUGUUUGGCGGACGAGCCGGGAGCUCACUCCCGAUUGUCACCAUGUCCCGUCCUCUCUACAACCCCUAUGCCCAAAGGCAGCCAGAGAACGAGCCCCGCAGGGUGUCUUCUCUUGUAGAACUUGGACAGAGUCUCAGCUCUUCCACGGGUCGGCUGCAGCCUUCUGAAAGCCAGCCGGUUUCUUCGCUGAUGGCCAAUUUUCGGCCUCAGCAAAGAGCCAAUACCAAUGAAGACAUCCCGGGUUUGGAUCAAGACGCUCGCAGACAAGAGUUUCGCUCCUCGGGUACGGCAGCAACCUCGGCCCAAAACCUUAGCAGGUCGUUUGACGGCAGCGGCGGCCCUCUCGAUCGCUUGUCGAAUUACGGCCGAGCUGAUGGCGCCGCCUCCUCCUCCGCUUAUUACCAGCCGUCAACAUCAGGGGGUCGUUCUUUGUAUAGCGCCUCCGGUAAGGAUGAUCGCAACCUCCGCCCUGUUCCAAGGCGAGAUUUCGGCGAGUCAGGCCAAUCUCAAGCUUCCGAAUCCGCUCAACCCAAGUAUACUUCUGAGACGGCCGCCAAUAUCCUGGUGCACUUUGGACUUGAAAAGGACGAUUUGGAACAUCUUAUCUCCUACCCCGAAGACCAGAUCACACCUGCCAACCUGCCCUUCAUCUUGCGCCAAAUCCGCAUUCAGAAGACCAAGAAGGCCACUGAAGCCGAUCGACCCAAAGUCUUCUCUGGUCAUGCCCCGGCUCGAGGCGGACCUGCUAGUGGGGACAAUUGGCGAGGUCCAGGACCGGCCAGGAUGGAAAGAGUGAACGCUCCGUCUUCUCUUCUCCAGUCAAGUAAAGUUAUAGACUAUGGACAUACGAGCAAAUAUGCUGGCAGGUCGGAGGAGGACGUUGAGUCCAGAGCUCAAAAAGCCGAGGGUGACCAUUUGCUGACAAUGGACAAUUUGGACAGAAGAAGAAGCGAGCAGGAGCUGGUGCAGCAGAUGACAAGAAGUACUAACCUGGCACCUUCUCAACGUGGAGAAGACUAUGGACAUACGAGCAAUUACACUGGAAGGUUGGAGGGGGGCGCUGAGUGCAGCGCUAAAAAAGGUGACGGUGACAAUUUACGGAGCAUGGACAAUUUGGACAGAAGAGGCGGCGGUCAGGAGCUGGUGCAGCAGACGACAAGAAAUGCUAGCCUGGCACCUUCUCUCCGUGAUCAGAAGGCAAGUCUCAGAUCUUUGUUCAACUCCAUCCUGAAAUCAAACCCUCCCAAAAGUCAGGACCUGGUUAAACCGGCGGCGACUGGCGUGCCGUCAACGUUUCGUCCUUUCACUUUGGCGACGGAAGACACAGACGCUCGAGACAUCAAACCUCAAGCGUCGAAAGCCACGGCUUUUGGACAAGUGCGGGAUGAGCCCAAGCCCAUCUUAAAACCGCAACCGGCGGCCACUUUUGUUCGCCGUGCCCACCCCACCAGACCUGACCUCGUGGUGCUCAGCGGCGGUAACCAACCACAAAUGAAAAAAUCUGUCAAGCCCGCAGAGGAUCCGAACAAGUCCACGAAAGCGAAGACGCCUGCGACGUCGUCGGAUGUCAAGAAAGUGCAGCCGCAAAAGCAGGCGCCCGCACAGAAGACUCAGCAAGUGAAGAAGCAGCAGGUGGCCAAGACCCAGGUCAAAGCCAAAGCCAAGGCCAAGCCUCAACAGCCGGUCAAAAAUAGGACAUUAUUGCCGACUCCUCCGUUGGGGCAGGUGGUGUGGCAGCAAGGUUACCCAACGAGCCAGCAGUUUCAAGCCAUCUCCAACGUCUUGAACGUACCCCAAAUGCAGUUGUUCAACCCGGGCGCCGGCGUGGUACCGCCGGUGACCGUCUUCGAGGGUUUGCCGACGGCAGCCAUGACGCUGGACUAUGCGGCGACCACGCCCAGAGUCCUUCCACACACGUGUUCUCUGUGUAACGUACGGUGCACCGUGAUGCAGGACUGGAUCUCUCACCAGAACACCAAUCUUCACCUUGAGAACUGCAAAGUCCUUCGCAAGCAAUAUCCAAAUUGGCAGGGCGAGGUCUUGCAUGUCCACAAGGAAGAAGAGAAAACCAAGUCGGCGCCCGUCCAAAGUAAGACACCCCGUGAUGGGUCUCGCUCAUCUUCCCGCUCUAGCACGCCCCGGGGCCGGCGCGGCUCGGACGCUGCGAGAGAGAAGAGGACGAGGAGGCGGACCCGAUCCCGCUCGCCUCACAGCUCCAGAUACAACCGCAGGUCUCGCUCUUACUCCACAAGCUCGUCCGACCACCAUCGCUCACGCUCGAGAAGUUAUGAGAGGCGCCAUCCGCACCGAAGCAAAGAGGGGCACUCGUCGUUGUCGAGGAGGAGCCAUGAGAGGAGGCCGUCAUCUCGCAGGCGGUCUUCGUCUCGCAGGCCGGCUUCGUCGCAAAAGCGGUCUUCAUCGCGCAGGAGGUCCUCGUCACGUAGCCGCCACGAUAGGCGCCCGUCACCACAGAGAAGCCGUCAGAGACGGUCGCCCCCUAAAAGGAGCCAUGAAGAGAGUACUGCCGCCCGAAAGAGUCAAGAGACCUCAACCAGCGCCGAGAGACUUGCAAAGAAGCUUCUAGAAUCAUCAGCCGUCCAGUCUUUGUCGAAGGAGUCUGACGUAGAGACCAUGGUCAAAACUCUGGCCCCCGCCUUGUUGGCCGAAUUCGCCAAAAUGAAGUCGACUCCUUCAACCUCUUCCAAAGGAAGCGCCGCCGCGACAUCGACGGCCGCCGGCUCUUCCUCCUCCUCCGUUGCGGCCAACAAAAAGCCAGCAGCGACCAAAACCACUCCUGGCCAGCAGAGAGUUGAUGCUGCAAGACCCAAGUCCGUCAAAGCCUCCGUCCCAACCAUUGUGACACUUAGAUCAAUCCCCCGUACUCUCGCCUACGAGGAUAUCUUGGCAGCCGCCGAGAAGUGUGGAAAAAUUAAAUCGGUCGUCGUGUUUCGCACCAAAGGGGAGGCAGUUGUGUGCUUUGAGAACAAGGAAGACGCAGACAAACUGAGGAACACAAAAAUCCCCAAAAUAAAAGGAUGGCCAGUCUUCGUUGUGCAAGACCAGGAGAGCGACUCCAAGAGCGACUCCAAAGUGGAGAAGAACAAUCCUGAAAAAAAUGCACCUGCGCCGUCCAAAGCCUCAAAGCCGCAAACAUCCAAAAGUACCUCCGCUCAGGACAAAGCAAAGACUCUCCCAAGCAAGCAGAUUACCAAGGUGGUGAAAAAGGUUCCAGUGAAGCCACAAGCAGGUGCUGCUGGGAAGAAGUUCGACACGACCACUCCGGUAGCCAAGACGACGCAACCGCCGGGUAAGACGACUAAAGUCCCUCAGCAAGCUACGGGUAAAAGCAAGCCGCCGUCCAAAGCCGUAAGCCACUCGCAACCUCCACCCGAGCCCAUGGAAGUGGACCCGGGUGUAGCGUCUGAGGAGCCCAACCAGCAGACCAUCGGGGCUCAAGCCGAACCGGCAGGAGGGCCGGCGCUUGCCCAAGGCGACUCACCUGACGCUGAAAGAGCUACCGCCCAAGCCAAGACAAUUACCGAUGCAGCACCGGUGGAGGAGCCUGUGUCCCAACCUGGCUUGGUAAAAUCAGAGGCCGACGGGGGUUCCUCACUCAAGGGUGAGGAAGCAGUCAAGGAAGAGGCUGCACCCCCCCGUGACUCUGACACAGCAGCGAAGAAAGAGCCGCCGAGCUCGGGGGAGAAAGACCAUGUGGCACAUCCAUGUGGUUCAGACCCAACGGUUAAAAAUGAGCCCCAACCUGGGUCCAACCCAACACUGAAGGAGGAUCCGGCGGCCUCGGGUGAAUCCGAUCAAUUAGCACAGGAGAAUCUGGAGACCUCUUGCGUCUCGGGCACAGCUGCAAAGAAUGGCUCGGCGGCCUCAUCUGACGCAGCAGCGAAGACGGGCGUCGCGCUUCCGCAUGACUCGGCCGCAAGGGUGAAGGAGGAAGCACCCUCUCAUAGCUCAGAUGCAUCAGCAAAGAAGGGUGCAGCAAAGUCUACAGCGCCCCCGUGUGGCUCCAAAGCAUCAUCAAAGAAGAAUGCGGCACCUCCGGCCGUUUUUAAAACAACCAGACUCUAUACCGUCGGAGAGAAAAUGAAAGAACAUCUGGUUCCCGAAAAUCUCCAUAUCAGAACCACAUGCUGGAAACAAGAAGGUUCUCAGAUGUUGAUCACCAACCUGCCCGCUGAUGAACACACCUACUGCGAGCAGGAUGUCGUUGACGUGUUCAACCCGUUUGGAAUGGCGAACUCUGAUGACAACAUCUAUGUCAUUCCUCAAUUAGAAAUAGCAUUUAUUCAGCUGCAGGACUACGCAUGUGUCUUAUCUGCCAUAAGAGCCAGCGAAAACGGAAAAUUGGCUCUCAAAGGCCACACGGAGAAGUUGAAUGCGCAAGUGGUGGAUAUCUCCAUGUGGCCGGGCGGCUUCUAUCAGUCAGUGAUGAUGCUGUUGAAUUACAAGGUGACCAAGCACGGCCCGAAAACGGUCUACAUCAAAAACAUUGAGCCGAGCGAGGUCUCCAUCCUGCGGGAGGUUUUGAGGCGUAUCUGCGGAAUCGUAAACUUCAUGCCGCUCAUGAACAAGGUCUUUGUAGAAUUUGCGUCUGUUCAUCAUGUCGAUCGCUUUGGUGUUUGGUACUCGCUCCACGCUCAGUGUCCGACCUAUCAGAUCUACAGGUUGGGGCUGCCUAAUGUUGACAAAUAUUCGCCAAAACCAAGAAGCCCUGAGCUAGGCAUGCCGGAUAGGAAUGCGACGUUCGCCGAGGCUGCUCUUAUCGACUUUAAGCCCGACUUUCCGUGUCGCACCGCUUCCCCAUUUUACCUGACCUUGAGGAGAAAGCCCUACCUGUUUUCCACCAUUUCCCCUUGGUUCAUCAUUCCAGCCUUCCUGACGGUCAAAAGAAAAGCCAACAUUAUCGACGCCGAGUUUGGCGGCGCGGCAAUGGUGAAAACCGUCAUGUUGACCGGCUUGCCUCAAGGAUGUUACACACACGAGGAGGUGGCGAAGCUGGCCUGGCCGUUUCUCGCCAAGAAGGACCUGCGGGCACUUUACUACAAUGUGAUCGUGCUGCCGGCCCAGCGGAGGGCCUUUGUGCAAUUCAACGACUGGAACUCGUGUUGCAACUUUGUCCUCAGUCACUUACCAAGCCCGCAUCGGGUGGGCCGCUACAUUCUAGGGGUGCACUUGCUCAUGAAGUCGCUUUAUAAGGAACGCAGCCAGGAAGCCGACAUGUACGUGGCGCUGAUGCGGCUCAGCAACUCUUACGUCGGAGAAGAUUUGAAGACGCUGUCCGAGCGACUGCUUUGCGUGGAGAUCUCAGAGGCCCGAAAACAGACCUAUUACAAGGUUUUGGACGAGGUCUCGUCUCGCGCCAAAAUUGUCAACUUCCUCCCUCUGGCCAACCGGAUAUGCAUUGAGAUGGAAGACGCCGCGGGGGUUGCCUGCGUGGUAGAGAAAUGCAAAGAUUUGAAAAUGAACGAGCUAGCUUGGAAGCCAGUUCAAAGCUUUUGCAGCGCUAAGAAGCUGGAAGAGUGCCUUCAGGAUCCAAGGCAGAUUACAUUGAACCAUAAGAUCUACGCGGUGUCAGCCUCCCUGUCCGCUACUCCGUGGACCGCCCCGCCCACGUUAUCGGCCGCUCAGACCGCACCGUCGGCCGCCCAGACCAACACCCCAUCGGAUGCUCCGUCUUCUUCAUCCGCCGCCCAGACCGCCACCUCAUCGGAUGCCCCGCUUUCAUCAUUGGCUGCUCAGACCGAGACCUCAUCAGAUGCCCCGCCCACAUCGUCGGACUUCCCGACCGCCCCAUCGGCAGUCGUAGUUAGUAAUCCCGGAAAACCUGUGGAGAGCCUCGCUUCAGCACCAUGCGCUGAAGAAACGGCAGCUAAAAAUGACUCUGUCAAAGUGGAACGCUCGAUGGCUGAAAAGACCGCAGCUGUUCUGGAGGUUCAGGACAAUAAAGAGGAUGCGAUGCUGCCAGCUUCCACUGGCGGUGGCAGUGACGUCCCAGAUGUUAAAAAUACAUCAGCCGCCGUAGAUCAGGACAAAGAGGAAAGCCUUGUGAAAAGUGACGAUGCCCUGGGGGAUUCUGAAAAAGACGUUCCUUUUGACCCGCCACCCUUCAAUAUAGACGAGUUUGUAACAGUCGAUGAAGUGGGCGACCAGGAGGACAGCGCCGGCGAGGCUCCCUCUGCGCUCAAGAGAUCUUCUUCCCAAGCAGAGCUGCUGCCUGCUUCCAAACGGACCAAAGCGAGCACCUCAAAAGAGUCAAAGGUCUCCGCGUCCACCCCGUCUCCCUCCUCCAGGGCCACCAGAAGCUCAACAAGAAUGGGCCUCUCUUCUGGGUUCACGCCUUCGCCUGCUUCAAUGUCAGCCAAAAAAAGGCAAAGAAAACAACCAAAGGCUUCACAACAUCAGUCCAUCAUCUUGUCCACCACUGACUCCAAAGAUGAGAGUCUGGAAACAAUGGCCAGCGAGGAAGGUUAUCAAGUGUUGGAUAGUGUCGGCGAAGACCAGAAACCUCUCUCGGUGGAAGUCGGCAACCCGGAACUCGCCGGAAACGGCGCGACUGAGCUCCAAGCUUCUCCGGAGCAAGACAACAUCGGUCAGGUUGACGGAGUUGAGGAAGAGCAGGCGCCGCCAGUUCAUACAUCUCAAGUUGAAGAGCAGGAAAACAGAGGAGGAGAAAAUGAGGUGACAGAUGUGAAGGAGGACGGCGUCGGUGAAGAGCAGACGGCACAGUCCUUGCAAACAAACAAGGAUGCUGCUGAGGAGCCCACCUCAGCCGAGCUCGACCGACAAGUUGCUGAGACCUCCACCGGCCUGCUGAGCAAAGAAGACACCGUGGCCUCUGGACAAGAAGAAGGCGAGGAGGAAGCAGAAGCAUACCAGGUGAUUGACUCUGUCGAAGAGCCGCCAAAUUCCGCCGAGGAUGAGCACAGCGUCCCCGAAGCGUGCGAGAGUCGUGCCGCUUCAAGCAGAACACUCAAGAGUAAAGCGCGCACGUCUCUGAAGAACCAAGAGUCCACCGCCACCCCUAAAACUUCAGAUUUUUCCAAGUACCUCGUGGUCGAUUCUGUACAAAUGGAACAAACGGUUGGUAGGAGGCGGAGCACCAGAGGAAAAGCACAAGGGCAAAGCGCCAAAAUACCUGCGGAAGACGGGCCCACUUUCCACGUGAUAGACUCCGUGGACGAUGAAUCGAGCACAACCCCGAGAGGCACCAGAGGCAAAAGAGGAAGGCCGCCCAAGAGAGACGCCGCAUCGAGCGAGGAUAGAGCUCAAGAAGAGAAGCCUGCCACGAGGAGGGCUUACCCUUUGAGAACGUCACAGGAAGGGCCCCAGGGCAAAACGAAAAAUGAGGCCAUCAUUAAAGAGGAGCCCAGCUGUCAAGUCCUGGACCAGGUGAAGAUUCCUCCAGCUCCAAGAGGCAGAGGAAGAAAAGGAAGACCCAAGAAAGCGGUCAAAACGGAGGAAGACGACGACGAUGAUGAUGAUGAUGAAGAAGCGACGACUUUCCAGGUCGUGGACUCUGUGGACGAUGAGACGGGCCAGGAAAGUGCGUCCUCUGAGAAGGCGCCAGACAGUCCAAAACAGGAAGACGUGACUGAUGGGACGUCUCUGGUGAAGCUAGAGGAUGAAGAGGAACCGACGUAUCAGGUGGUUGAUUCUUUAGAGGAAGAUCCGGCCGAAGAAGAGGCGAGUGUCUCAGACGUUUGUGCGCCAAUGACGACGGAAGGAGGACAAACUGAAUUGAGAGAUGAAACGACGGAAGGCGAGAACAACCAAGAGGCUGACGUCAAAGGAGAAGAUGCGCCUUCCCAAGUGAAGACCAGGUCGUCACAACGCUCUGCUCAGAGCCCACCGCUUGCUACCAAAGACGACACGCCGAGCACGCUCGCGCUGGAAAAAGUGAGCGACGAAGAGAAGGACUUCCCCGACGACGGCACCAAGAAGCCAGCGGAGCGAGCCGAGGAAGAAGAGAAGAAGAGCGACUGGGGCCUGGAACCCGACGGCUCCAGCAAAUGGCGGGCCAGGAGAGGCGAGGAUGAGGACGAGCUGCUCACGCUGGACCAAGUGGUGGCGGAGGAGGGCGGCGAGCAGCUGGCGCCGGAAAGCGAUGUCUCUGAGGGCGAGCUAGCUCUGGUUACUCUGGACGAGCUUGUGGAAGAGCAGGAAGAGGCAAAAGGGCCACCCCCAUCCAGCGAGGGAGAACAAUCGGAGGGCUGUCUCAACCCCGAGACUCUUCUGACUUUGGACGAGACCGGGGGAGAGGAGGACGAGGAUGAGAAAAGUGAAGCUGCGGGGACCUCGCAGUCUACUAAACGCAAACGUAGCGACGAUGCGGAAGAGGACAACACAAACUUGGUGACGCUGGACCAGGUGGGAGACGUUGAAGAGGACGUCUUGAGAAGCACGAUGGAAAAGCGACACCGUUCAGCUUCUGCCACAAUCUCAACCGGAGCAGACCAAGACGAGAUGGAAGCAGCGGCCUCUGGCGAGGCUCCCCGGGCUCCGAGCGACCACCAUGAGGAGGAGAAGGAGGAGAGGGAAAAAGUGGCGGAGAAGGAAAAUGAGCAGGCGGAGAACAAGGAAAAAGAGGAAGAGAAGCCAAGGGGGGAGGGGGAGGAAGUGGAGGAAAACACCGAAAAGGAGAAGGAAAGCGCAGAGGCGAAUGAAGAGGAAGCGCCAUCUGCUGGGCAGUCUCUGCAACGUUCACUGCAGAAAUUGAGUAAAGGCAAACGCGCAGCUGAGCUGACCACAACCGCAGCGAAACGAUCGCGUUCUGAGUCUCCGUGCAGCACUCCUGCUUAUGUUCUACCAGCGUUCAAACCAAACAACCCUCUCGGCAUGGAGUUCGUCUUGCCCAAAUCUGGUUAUUUCUGCAAACUCUGCUCAGUAUUUUACCUGAAAGAGAGCACGGCCAAGGAUGUGCACUGCAGCAGCAAGAGGCACUACGACAACCUAAAGAAAUACUACCGCAAGCAUGAGCAGAAUUCACGAUCAUCCACUCAAGGCUCCAUCUCUGACUGAGCUCCUUUCCAAUGACUAAUGCGUUUUAAUUUUUGUCUCCACACUUAAAAGUUUUCCAUUGUCCAAUCAAAUUUCAGAGUUCCAUCUUGAUAAACGUUUUUAGGCCUGUUGGUUUGUUUGUGUGCUGCAAAAAGGAGGCAGCAAAAGUUGUCCAUCUUGACUAGUUUGUGUUUUUGUGUAUUCAUUAAAUAAAAAGUUAAACAUGUAAAACGGUUAUUAAAGGUUCACAGUAAAAUA